UCAGAGCCGCCGCCUCCUCCCCGCCCGCUCUCACGUACGCGGGGCCGGGCGGGCAGGCACGGAGCCGCCGCCGGCCGUCCCGCACCCGCGCACUUGCUGGAGAUGAGCCGCACCGCGCUGCGGGUCUGCCUCCUGCUCCUGGCCGCCCUGGGCCGCGCCGGCAGCGAGCACGACCAGGACCAGGAGCACGGCGACGAGGACGUUCCGCACUCCUCGGAGAAAGGUCCUGGCCACAGUCACUGGAGCUAUGAAGACCCGGAGCACUGGGGUGUGGGCUACCCAGACUGUGCAGGCACCAUGCAGUCACCCAUCAACAUUGACACGGCCAAGACCAUCUUCAGCCCUCAGCUGCGGCCAAUCCAGCUCUCUGGCUACAGCCUGCCCGCCAGCGAGAAGCUCAAGCUGAGGAACAACGGGCACACAGUUCUCCUUGAGCUGCCUGAGACACUGGCCAUCACUGGUGGCUAUGCCCAGCAGUACCGAGCUGUGCAACUGCACCUGCACUGGGGCUCCCCAUCAGGACCUGGCUCAGAGCACACCGUCAACGGGCACCGCUUUGCUGCGGAGAUCCAUGUGGUCCACUACAACACCAAGUAUGACAGCGUUACAGAGGCAAUGGUCUACCCAGAUGGCCUGGCCGUACUGGGAGCCUUCCUGGAGGUUGGGCCAAGGGAGAACCCAUACUAUCAGGAAAUACUUCAGCAUCUGCACAAAAUCCAAACAGAAGGCAAGGAAGUCUUGGUGCCCGGAUUCAAUAUUGCAGGUCUGCUGCCUGCCAACAUGAAAUUCUACUUCCACUACAAUGGCUCCCUGACCACCCCUCCCUGCUACCAGACAGUGAAGUGGACAGUCUUCAACCAGACCAUGCAGCUCUCUCAUAGCCAGAUGUCAACGCUGGUGAUGAACCUGAGAAAUGAUGAUGGCAAACCUCUGCAGAACAAUUACCGGCUGGUGCAGGACCUGCACAGGCGACAGGUGCUGGCGAGUUUCCAGACCACCCUCCUUUCACCAAAGCAGACGCCUUCUGGUAGCGACGCCUCAGAAGCAGCAGAAGGACACUCUGGCUCUUCAUUUCAUGCAGGGGAUGUGCUGGCUGUGCUCUUUGGGGUGCUCUUUGCUGUCACGGCACUGGCAUUCCUGCUGUACAUCUACAAGCACCGCAGCCAGAACACACGGCUGGAUUCGCCCACCAAAUCCAAGGUCAUCUACACAGCAGCCUCCACUGAGAACACCGCGUGAGCCUCGCACACCUGUGGUGGUCCCAACCCCACCAGUUCAGCCUGCCACCCCACAUCCCCUCACUCUUGCCUGGGUCGAGGGAGGGCCAGCACUCCAGCAUCACCUCAGCUGCAUCGGCUGCCCACAAGGACUGUCUGGCUGGGGCAGCACCUUGCCCCAGCAGAUAUUUUUGUUAUAAAAAAAGGUAAAAAACAUACCCAAAAAAAAAAAAGUAAAAGCCUCCCAUGAUCCUA